ACCGCAAUAUAACAACAAUAUGAGAAACUUAUUGGUGUCAGUCGCCGACUCCGACGGUGGAAAGCAAUCGGGUAGCCGGAAAAUACCAUUUUCCGACGUAGUGAUCACAGGCACCAGAAACAACUUUUGGGGUCGAAAGUGGCGGACGAUUGACAUCCAGGUGGCGUUAUGGGUUACUUUUGUUCAUGUUCUUGCACUCUUUGCACCAUUUACGUUCACCUGGGAUGCGUUUUCCGUCGCAUUCUUUGGUUACUUGUUAACCGGACUUGUGGGCAUAACUCUCUCUUAUCACCGGCUUCUAGCCCACCAUAGUCUCAGACUUCCAAAAUGGCUCGAGUACACAUGUGUUUAUUUCGGGGUCCUAGCCGCUCAGAGAGAUCCGAUAUUUUGGGUGAGCAUGCAUAGAUAUCAUCACCAGUUUGUCGACUCGAAUAAAGAUACACAUUCACCGAUUAAUGGGUUCUGGUUUAGUCAUAUGGGCUGGCUUUUUGACAGCGGAUACAUUCUUGAAAAGUAUAAGGAACGGAAAAAUGUGGAAGAUUUAAAAAAACAGCCGUUCUAUAUGUUUAUACGAAAGACGUACAUGUGGCAUAUAAUAGGAUGCGGGGCUGUGUUGUAUGCUUGGGGUGGCUUUCCGUACUUCGUUUGGGGCUUGGGUGUUAGAACCAUAUGGGUUUAUCAUCUCACAUUUCUGGUGAAUUCUGCUUGUCACAUUUGGGGAAACCAAGUUUGGAACACUGGUGAUCUCUCCAGAAACAACUGGUGGGUGGCAGUGCUUACUUUUGGAGAAGGAUGGCAUAACAAUCAUCAUGCAUUUGAGAAUUCAGCUCGACAUGGAUUAGAGUGGUGGCAACUAGAUGUUUCUUGGUAUAUCAUACGAUUUCUUGAAAUCAUAGGAUUGGCAACCAAUGUCAAAGUGCCGAAUGAAGCCCAAAAGCUCAAAAAAUCGAUUUUCACUUCUGAUAAUACAUUCAAAUGAUUAAUCAUGUUGCUCGCCACACGAAUUAUACCGUAAACAACAUAAACAUUAGGAUAUGAUCAGAUUAUACGUAUUAAUACAUGUAUAAUAUGUUUUUUUGUUUGAUCGCGGCGGCGUAUUUCGUUGACACGAAAGGCCUUAGUUUAUGUUUUGCUAAUAUUUGUUUCAAAUAAAUAUGUAAUUUGUAAUUUCGAGAUAUCUUGUAUGUUAUAUGUCAGAC